AUGUGUUACACUCGCUUUCGUCUUUCAUUCCCAGGUAUUCUUCUUCCCCUGUCGGUGGUGGUCCUUACGUUUUCAUUAACUCCAUCGAAACCUCUACUUCUUUUCUCCAUCGUCCCUAAGUCCGGAGUCCGGCCACCACUGUUCGCACCUCCAGCGUCGCCAGAAAGAAGAAAAAAUUGUGCGACGGAUGUGAAUUGUUGUCGAAUAACCACACCUCUACUAAUAUUAACUUACAGGAGGUCGACGUCGUCGUCGUCCGGUGAUGUUCUUCAGAGUUGGAAGAUGAAGAGUGGAUUGUUGCAAUUUUCAACGGCUGCUUCAAUUGGUUUUGUCAGAAUCAUCGAUUUUCACGAUUUGGGGAAGAUGAAUCGAAUGGAGGUGUAUGAAUCAUGCUCGAAAUCUACUGUGUGCUGUCGGUAAAGGGUAUGGUUUUUUUUUAUCAAUGUUUGAUCGGGUUUAUCAUCUUUUUUCCUUCUUUUUUAUGGUUUAUUUAACAGAUUUGCAUUUUUUUUGUGAUAAAUAUUCAAUUGUUAGUAGUAUCUGUGGUUUUAGAGAUCAGAGAGAGAGAUGGAAGAAGUUUUUUGAUGUAUUUCAUUGAUCGGAUCUUACAGUACUUAUACAACAAAUAAAAUAACUAUCUAUCAGCUAUUCUAGGAUCUGAUAAUAUUUACAUAACAAACUACAAUGAUCUAAUUAUCCUUAUCCAGCUAAGCUCUCGUCAACACUCCCCCUCAAGAUGGAGAAUGGAUAUCUAUCAUUCCCAGCUUGUCCAGAGAGCUUUCGAAAAUCUUCCCACACACAGCUUUAGUCAACAUGUCAGCCAGCUGCUCUUUUGAUGCUACAUGUGGCAAUUCCACCGUUCUUUUCUCAAGAUGAUCUUUAAUGAAGUGUCUAUCAAUCUCCACAUGCUUCGUUCGGUCAUGUUGUACUGGGUUGUUUGCAAUCUUGACUGCAGAUUCAUUAUCACAAUAGAGUAACAUAGGCUUACUCAAGUAUAUAUCCAGAUCUAGCAAUAUUCUUCUUAUCCACAAUAGUUCACAUAUUCCAUGUACCAUUCCACGAAAUUCAGCUUCCGCACUUGAUCUAGCUACCACCUUCUGUUUUUUACUUCUCCAAGUCACUAAACUACCCCCCACAAACGUGAAGUAUCCUGAGGUUGACUUGCCAUCCAUCCUAUCUCCACCCCAAUCGGCAUCUGUGUAUCCAGCCACCUCCAAUUCGGUAUUCUGUUCAGCAUUUUUUCCAAAAAACAAUCCCUUUCCAGGAGACGCCUUAAGAUACCUUAAUAUCCUAUGUACAGCAUUCAUGUGUUCUUCACCCGGAGCAUGCAUAAACCGGCUAACAACACUCACAGCAUAGGCAAUAUCCUGCCUAGUGUGAGCUAGAUAAAUGAGUUUACCCACCAAUUUUUGAUACCUCUCUUUGUUAGCCGGCACCUGGUUUUCCAUAAUAGAAAGAUUAUGGUUAGUUUCAAUAGGGGUGUUUACCGGUUUACAAUCUAGCAUUCCCGUUUCUGUUAGUAGAUCCAAGACAUACUUCCGUUGACACAGAUUUAUUCCAGCUUUAGAUCGUGAAACCUCGAUACCUAAGAAGUACUUAAGGUGUCCGAGGUCUUUUAGUUCAAAUUCAAUGGCGAUAACUUUUUGUAGAUUUGAUAUUUCUUGAGGGUCAUUCCCAGUAAUCACCAUAUCAUCUACAUACACUAUGAGUGCUGUCACUUUCUGUCCUCCACCCUUGACAAAGAGUGUGUGGUCUGCAUCACUCUGUUUGCAUCCGAUUUUCUUCAUGAAGGCGGAGAAUCUUCCAAACCAUGCUCUUGGAGAUUGUUUCAACCCAUACAAUGCCCUUUUUAGUUUACAUACUUUUCCAUUGCUCACAAUUCCUGGUGGCGGAUCCAUGUACACUUCUUCCUCCAAGUAUCCGUUUAAGAAAGCGUUUUUUACAUCAAAUUGUUUCAAGGGCCAGUCUCUGUUUGCAGCAAUAGAUAUUAGGAUUCGAAUAGUGUUCAUCUUUGCCACUGGUGCAAAUGUGUCCCUAUAAUCAAUACCAUAUUUCUGUGUGUACCCCUUGGCUACGAGCCUAGCCUUGUACCGGUCUAUGUUGCCCUUUUCAUCAAGCUUUACAUUAUAAAUCCACCUGCACCCAACAGUCUUUUUAUUUUUUGGCAAAUUCACUAAUUCCCACGUUUCAUUCUUUUGCAGUGCCUCCAUUUCUUCAUUCAUUGCUUUCUUCCAUUUUUCGUCUUUAAGGGCUUCUUGUACAUCUCUUGGAAUGUUGAUAGUUGAAAUACGUUCGACUCUUAGUGCAUGUGUAUCCGACAGUCGGUGAUGAGAAACAAAGUUUCCGAUUGGAUACUUUGCCUUUACCUUCAAAUCUGGUACAUAUUGCUUCUUAGGUUGGUUCCGAUUAUUUCUCAUAGGGUACCUUCGUUCACUUCCAGCCUCCUCCUCAUUAAUAUCCUGCAAAAUAGUAUCAAAAUAACCAGGGUUGGGGUCAACCUCUGGACUGUUAGUGGUGUUUCUCACCUCCGGUUCCGGGAUUUUCGGUUCCGGUUCAUCUUCCCUUCCUUCCAGAUCUGGUAACUCGACUUGGGUACUGGACUGUGGCUCGGUACUGGUACUAGACGUAUCGUCGUGAGCAUGUGCUGUGUUGUCAUGUGCUGAGUUUUCACUGCCUUCUUCCUCGACAUCGACAUCAUGCACUACAUGUUCUAUGUUACACAUUUCCAAUACGUCAUGUAUUUUUUCUUUUUUUUCUUUUUCUUGUCUCUCCCCCUGAAGAGAGCAUGCAUGACCAAAAAAUGGAAUGGUUUCAUGAAAUGCUACGUCGCGUGUAACAUGGACUUUGUUUCAACUGGGUCAAAGCACCGGUAGCCUUUCUUGGCAUCCGCAUACCCGAGGAACAUGCACCGGACAGAUCUUGGUUCUAACUUCCCUAAGUUUUGAUGUACAUAAGCUGUGCAGCCAAAUAUUCGAGGCUCAAGACCUUCACUGAUUUGUAUCUCGGUUAGUUCACGUAGUGUUUGCAGUGGUGUCUUGAAUUCCAAUACCCUGGAUGGUGUGCGAUUGACAAGGUAAGCUGCGGAUCUCAAUGCCUCACCACAGAACUUCCGAGGAACUUCCAUGUCAAAGAGGAAACUCUAACAAUUUCCAGUAGUUGCCUGUUUCGUCUCUCGGCAAGGCCAUUUUGCUGUGGUGACCUUGCACAAGAAGUUUGAUGGUGAAUCAACUUUUCUUUGCAAAAUGUUUUCAUCUGGUAAUUUAUAUACUCUCCUCCAUUGUCGGAUUGGAGUAUAUGAAUUUCCGUUCGGUAUACAGUUUUAAUCAUAUGGUAUAGUUCUUUAAAAGCUUUUACUACUACUCCUUUGGUUUUAAGGAGUGAUACCCACACCAUACGGGUACAUUCAUCAAUGAAAGUUACAAAAUACUUAGCACCAUCAGGAGUAAGUACUUGGGCAGGCCCCCAUACAUCCGAAUGAAUCUUCAUAAAAGGAAUGGUAGAUUUAUUAUCACUUGAUGAAUAAGAAAUUUUCGUGUUUUUAGCCAACUCACAAACACCACACUUAAAAUCAUGAUCAGUUUCAUUCAAAAACAAAUUAGGUUUAAGUUUUCUAAGGUACGUGAAAGAUAAAUGCCCUAGUCUCUGAUACCAAAGCAUUGCAACAGACUUAUUUACUUGAGCUACCCCUGCAUGAUACACUUGACUUUGAUGAUUUUCUUCAAGGUAAUACAGCCUGCCACGUCUAGUACCAUAGCCAAGAGUCCGGUGAGUUACCAAGUCCUGAAAUACACAGUCAUGUUUCCAAAAUAUAACAUAACAGUUUAGAGCUUCAGUGAUUUGACUAACGGACAAUAAGUUUGAUGAUAGAGAAGGGACUACAAGGACAGAAUCCAAAUCCAUAGAAUCCGUGACUUUUACUGUACCCUUACCAAUCACUGGUUCUAUUUCACCACUUGCAGUUCGGAUAUUUGUUUGUUUUAGAGUGUGAUGUGUAAUUAAUUUGGAUAGAUCAUUUGUCAUAUGAUCGGUAGCUCCUGUAUCAAUAAUCCAUUUAUCACUUUGAUCAAUUUUAGUGGUGUAUGACAUACCCGUAUUUGCCGAAGUGUGAGCUACCAUGGGUGUUGUUGUUUCCUCAGUCUGGGGAGACUUAACCACAGCCGCUUGACCAAUCUUCUUCCUUGGUUUCUUGGUGAAAUCCCACCAUUCCGGGUAGCCUAUGAGCUCAUAACACUUUGCUUUUGAAUGUCCAUCUUCACCACAGUAGGUACAUGUGAACGUGUUCCCUUUGUUGUUCUUUCCUUUGUUUUGAUUCCGAUUUCGUGCAGCCAUGUGGACUAUGCUAUCCGAUUCUGGCUUGGAUUCUUCCAUGGACUGUCGCUGAGUAUAGUCCUUACGAAUGUAAGCAUAUGAGGUCUCGAGAUCCAAAGCUGGAUCCUUCCUCAGAAUUUCGCUCCUUGCCUGAUUGAAUUCUUGAUCUAAUCCGGCUAGGAAGAUGUGGACCCUAAACCGAGAUAGGGUUUUGUUUACUGCCACCGUCUCAGCCACAGUCGCUUCUUCAGUUACCAGACGGGCAUCAAUCUCUUGAAAGAUGCUGAUCAAUUCAUUGUAGUAUGUGGGUAGGCUUCUACCAUUCUGUCGGGUUGUGAAGGACCUGCGAUUUAGUUCAAAGAGCUGGGUUUCGUCAGACCCAUCGUAAAACGUCUUCUUCAACGCCUCCCAUAUUUCUGCAGCCGUUUGGAGACGUAUGAAUCGGCGCAUUAGGUUUGGGUUCAUCGAGUCAAUGAGCCAGCUCUUGACCCUAUUGUUGUCGGUGACCCAUGUUUCAAUUGCCUUGUCGUUGGUGGUAGGUUUCGCGGAUGCGCCGGUGAGGAAACCGGAUUUGUUACGAGCUCCGAUCCUCAUCUCCAUCAACUGCGACCACAACGGGUAAUUCGUGUCGUCAAGGGUAACACCCGUGGGGAAUGGUGUGUCCUGGACAUUCUGGACAAUCACGGAGGAACUGGAAGAGUUAUCGUCUGUUCCCAUGAUGCUUUGCUGGUUCGGUGAUUUCAAGGGUUUUCAAUACGUGGAUUUAAUGCGAUGGUUCAGGAUUUCUUACGCUCUGAUACCAUGUGGUUUUAGAGAUCAGAGAGAGAGAUGGAAGAAGUUUUUUGAUGUAUUUCAUUGAUCGGAUCUUACAGUACUUAUACAACAAAUAAAAUAACUAUCUAUCAGCUAUUCUAGGAUCUGAUAAUAUUUACAUAACAAACUACAAUUAUCUAAUUAUCCUUAUCCAGCUAAGCUCUCGUCAACAGUAUCCGGGUCUGCUACUUGACAUCAAGUAACUUAAGCUCUAUAUAGGUUCGGUGCAGUAAGGAGGAUAAAAUUGGUGUUGCUAUGGGUUCUUCAAUUACCGAUGGAAUGAACUUUCACUUUGUCACCUUUGGAUGAUUCAAGGUGCAAGAGUUAUAUACAGGGAGAGAUUUUAAAGUGAUUGACAAGGGAUUUUGAAGAAAAGAGGAAAGGAAGAAAAAAAAGGAAAAUGUUGUACUAUUGUAAGGGCUGAAGAGGAAAUGCUCAAAAGGUCCAAAACGUGAAGAUAAGUUUUAGAUUUUUAAUAGUUUAAGUUGUAUUUGUGGUCCGUAAGAUGGUAUUUCAGUUAUAAUCCUUAAUUUGAAGUUUUUGUCACAUUUAUGGUCAUUGUCCGAUGUAAAAUGAAUAUUUUUGGAAAAUUAGCGAUCUUGGGGACCAAAAGUUGGAUUCACUUUACCUACACUAGGGGCCAAAAACUUUACACAAGUACUUCAAAUAACGAUCAAAUCUAUAAAAACCUUAUAGAUUAAGGGACGAAAACGUAAUUUUACCAAUAUACAUGUAUUGCAGUGAGGUUUAAAAAUCAUUAUUUGUAUAUUAAUGACCCACAACUUUUUAGGAUUGUUAAGCAAUGUUCUUUCAGUGAUUUGUUUAUUAUCACAUCCUAUUUUUAUUCUUAUUGUGAUUUUGCUGCUCUGUUUUCUCUUUCGAGGUGUUUGGUGGAGUUUGGUUCAAAACCUACUGUAUUCAUUAUUUUAGAUUGGUAAAUAGUAGUACAAAGUAAAAACUACAUUGCUAAACCUCCAAAAAUCAACAAAAUUCAUACUCAUAGGGUUUUAUAUUUUCCUGACAGUGACACCCGCUCGACUUGCUUUUUGAAUAAAAAUGGAAUUUCUCAAAUCUUGAAGUGAUUUAAGUUGUAGUUCAUGGUGAUAUGUUAUUUGUGUGUCUCGAAGUUUUAUUGCAAUGGGAAUAAGAAAAUAAAUGCGGGAAUUUGUUACAAAUAGAACUAACCAAGCUUCAAAUGCUUUUUUUUGAUCUUACAGGAUGCAUUUGAAGGGGGUUGUGUAUUACAAGGGAAGAAAGUAUACAUUUUCAUAUGUAUAGAGUUUAAGUGCAUUAUGGCUCUUUUUUAGUGGAUAAUUAUCUUAAGGAGGUUACCUAUCAAGAGUAUUGUACUUUGAAAAGAAGACAAGGUUAUUAUUUCUCGAGGUUAAAUGCAGGGUGAUGGAAAUUCCAACAUACGAAAAACCUCAGAUCUCGAGGGGCAAAAUGGUCAAACAUAUGAAAAACCUCAAAAUCCGAGUGAUAUUUUGAUGAACCAAUAUAGAGGUUCUUUUUAUUGGAAAUUCAUGUUAAGGUGAAUGAUAUGAAAGAUUACAAUGAUGGAUCGACAGACAUUUAAUUGUUUUUCUUUUGCUUAUAUUAGUUUGGAGAAGGGUAGAAGAAUUGCACAUGUUUCAUGGUUUCAAGAUUUGGCCCCAUGCGACUUAACAAUCAAUUACGAUGAUGCCCUAAAUACCAAUCUACUUUCAAUUUACUCAUUUUGAAUAGCGUUGAGGAUAACAGGAUGCUAAAUCAACAUGUUUUGCAAUUUUAUCGACCCGUAGCAAAGCGAGGGCUAGUUCAUAUGAAAAAAACAAAUUUGCUAAUGAAAUUGAUUAAAAU